AUCCGCUGGGCUGGCGGGAGGUGCGGCGGGGCGCGGAGGCGGGGCGGGGAGGAGAGGAGAGAGGCCCCGCGCGGGGAGGACCGCUAAGUGCCAGAUGUUUGGCAGCGGUCGGGGAGGAAGUCGCUGCCGGGGCCCUGAGUCCCGCCCGAGCCGCGCCGGAGCAGGUAGGGCCGCACCAUGGCCCGCACGGCUCCCCCGACAGUGCCGCCGCCCCCGGGGCCGUCGGCCCGCGGCUCCCUCAGCCUCCAUCGCGCCUACCUCCGGAGCCCGCUGGGCCUGCUACGCCUGGGGCAGCUGGCUCUGGGCGCUGCCUUCUGGGUGACGGUAGCGGCUCAUAAAUACGAGGGGGCGGCCCACUUCGCUCUGUUUGCCGCCGUCCUGGUCUGGCUCCUCACCCUGGCCCUCUUCGGGCUGAGCCUGCUGGGGCGCUGGGAGCUGGUCCCCUGGCUGGGCUCCCGCUGGCUGCUCACCAACCUGGUGCACGACCUGGCCCUGGGUAUGGGGCUCUACGCAGCUGCCACCGGCAUCAUGGGUCACAAGGCCAAACAGAGGAGCUUUUGCAACCUGCCGGGCUACAGCCAGCACUGCCUGUACAGUGCCUACCUGAGCGCCUCCAUCUGCGGGGGCAUCACUGCCUGCCUGUACCUCUUCUCUGGGCUCUACUGCCUGUCACGGCGUUGCCAGGACCAGCAAGACAUCAUCUAAGAUCCUGUGCCACUUGGCUCCCCUUCUCAGCCGCAGACAGGACACAGCCUGUCUUUGGGAUGAAACAACCCAGCCACCCCAUCCCCUCCUGGUUGACUGCACUGCAAUUCCUCCAGAGACUCCUGCACAGAUGGAUGGAAAGACAGAGGCCUUCGCCAAGCACGGCUUUCCCUGCAGCGCACCGAGACAGCAUGGACACCGAGCCACUGCACAGGCCCUUCUCCCACCCCUGGACAGACGUAGGUUACUGCAAGUGGAAGGACCCAAAUGGAGAGUCCCUAAGAGGGAUACCAAUCUUUGGGAGCCCCCGUAGGACUCAAGCAAAAAUCCCCUGCCCCUGGUCUUGCAGAUGCUGCAUGCUCAGAGAGGUUUGUGGCUCCAAGCCACCCAGAGCCACUGGACCAGCCCUGGGGCCAGGCUAAUCCAAAAGGGACAGAAACAGCCUUGCUGAUGGUUCUGGACACCAGCCUGCAGCCCUGCCUGUCUCUGCCGCACUUGGAUUACCGUCCUGGAAAAUUUUCAUCUCUGGACUCUCUGGGACUGGGCAGUGCCUGGAAGCUGUGGUGAGGUGGAGGGGAAGGGUGAGCAUUGCAGCACGGCAGCGCUAGGCUGUGCUGGCACUCUGGCCAUGGGGGAGCUGGGGCCAGGCAUUGUGGGAGCACAACCUGUCUUGGAGAACAGAAGAAGAGACUGACACUGGAGCCAGCCCAGCCCUGGAUCAGCUUCCACAACCAACCAGGUGCCAAGCUCUGAGAAGGCCAUUUAGGGCUGACUAGAGAAAUGGGCAGCCAGAGACAGAAUUUUUGUAGCAACACCGUACUAGGGCUGCCCUGCCACAAGCCCUCCUCACCCUGCCUGGAGGCAGGUCCUCUCUAUCGCUCCCAGUGCAAGGAAGGCUCUGCUCCAGUCUCUGUGUAGACUCAAGUCAGUGAGACGUGUAUCCCCAGCAGCUGGCCAUAGCUGCUGUUGCCUGGGGUUCCUGGAGUCUUUUUUUGUGGUGGAGAGCAGCAGUCGUGAUUCCCCUGGGGGCUUGAAGGGGUCUGGGUUUGGUACUGGGUCACCACUUCCAUCAUGAUAUCCACUGUACCAGCGGAUACCCCAUCAUGCUCAGGGGCUCUGCCGAGCCCCAGGCCAUGUACCCCUUCCCUGGGCAGGACAUGCUGUCUGUGCCCUGUGUCAAGGCUGGUCCCUGACACCACCUGCCUCUGCCUUACUCUGGUGCAGCCCUUGGCCUAGGCUGUCCAAAAUGCCCUCGGUGCUUCUGCCACCAUGAGUGCCUUCUCCUGGCUUUCUGCAGCCCUGUCUGUCACACCAGCUCUAUCCUCCUAGACCCUCCUUUUAGGUGCCAAUGGAUUCACCUUCCAAAUAAAGCAAUAUUGGCGUUCA